UGAAAAUUAAUUGACCAUCCUGUACUAUGACAAGAAAUAUAGCUCUUUUUGGUUUCAGUAAUAUCAGACUCAUUAAAUAUUAAAGAACAGCUUCAUAGGAAGGAAGAUGUCAUCACAUUAUUGAGAUCUUUAAAACACUGACUGAUGAUCUUUGUCUCUUUCUUUAGCCCACACUCAGUUCAAUCAGAGUGGAAGCCUUGGUAUUUUGAUUCGACGGUUAUAAUGGUUCUGUCCUUAUGAAUAAUACAUAUGCUACAAGUUUAAAAUGUCUAGCAGAGAAAGAUGCAGAGGAGACGAUGAAUAUCUGCUUUAAAAUGUGAACAUGACAUCACCUUAUUAAUGAGUACUGAAGAGGGACAACGCGUUAUUGGAUUUAGUCAGUAACCCUUUUAGCUGCCCGGAUGUCCAGUAUUCAGAUACUCCUUUUGAUAUCUGAUACAGCAGGUUUUAAGACGGAAAGUGGGAAUGGCUUAUGGAUUGCUGAGAGUUCCGAGAUGGCAAGCCCUUGUUUCUCUGUGUUGAACGACGAAGAUAUCGCCGGAUGUAGAGGAACUUUAGAGAACAGCCAUAUCGAUUAGCAAAUCAAUAAAUCAGGCGCUCAGUAUUAUCUAAAAGCAUCGCCGUUUCCUUCCCAACAAGGUUGCACGGGUAAACAGAAGUAAAGACUGUUAUUGUAGCUUAAUUACAUUGAGGUUUUGUUUCGUUAGUUGGCGGGUGAUAAAAGUAGACAAUGACUUCGAAAUCUAACACUUGAAAGUUUUUUUUUUAACAAUACAAAAAUGUUCCUCUUCUUUAUUAUAGGCUAAUAUAUUGACCACCGUUGUUCUUUGUUGUUUUUUUGUCAUCUAAAAAAUUAGUGCGAGCAAUAAAACUUGAUAUUGUAUGAAACAAUGGGAUAUUUCAGCUCAGCAACAUAGUGCUCUUGUCUAUGUUUCUAUGUUUCCUUAUAUUCAUAAUUAUGAACGUGCGUGUCUCUGGUGGAUCCGUAACUGUAUAUUGAUCGACUACUAAUCAUUCAUUUCCCUUAAAUUCACCUCUCCCCAAGGGAGGAAAUAGGGUGUUCAAAUAUACUUAAGUAAUAAUGGGCCGUCACUUCUUCGACAUACUGCGGGUCUUUAUACAUAACAUGCGUUUCAGUGAGGAGGGUACCCUACCUUAUACGGAGAAGGACUACUCCCUGAGGACCACGAGAGCCGUGUUCUUUAAAGGGAGUGGAACACCAGUCUACAGAGGUUUGACGGCGUUCUGAACAGGGCAGACGCGUGCGUGCUUUCACUUCUGAACAAUUGGAAUGAUUUUCUUCGUCCGAUCUACGAACAAAGAACGAUAGGCUCUUAUAGCCUAAAUUACGUCUAAUUAUAUUUUAUUUAUUUAAAAAAAACGACGAGAGACGGCUGAAAGAGGAAGUUAUUUAUAUUUUUACAGGAACUUUCACAAAGGAACCCAUUGGCAUUCCAGAUUCCAGUAAGGAAAAGGAGCCAAGAAAAUCCAUACAGAGCAGAAAGCUCAAUGAUAUCUAAUGCAGUCAUGAGCUAAACAAGUUGCCAUUGAAGGAAAUAUUUCCACCGCUGCUUGUAAUUGAAUCAUUAACAAAGCCUUAUGAAUUUAUAAAUAUGGAUAAUCUAAUAAUAUAGACAGCUAUUUCCCCAUCCUUCCAUGAGAAAAAAAACAGUGGCUUGUUAUUGUGUUCAAAAACAAAUUGAAUCCUGUCAGUCCUCUUUGAAUAAUACAGCUCUUGAGCUCAGGUCCUGGUGAGGGGGAAAAAUCUGCGAACUUCGGAAAGGCAGACAUGUCAGAGAAGAAGUCUCGGAACUCGGAUACCCGGCCCAAGUGCAUCCGUAGCUGGAGUGCGGACAGUUACGUGUGGAGCAGCAAGAAACGCUCGAGGAGCGUCCAAAAUGAGCUGGGGGCGAAUGGCGCGGAGGGGGAGGGGCCGGAGGACCAGGCGGGCCGCUCAGCCUCUUGCCCCCGGAGGCGCAGGGAGAGGAAGUGCAGCUGCGCCGGUCCGGGCGAGGGGGACGCCGAGCUCCCCUGCCGAAAAGCCCUCACCCGCCGCUCCCUCCGGCAGAAGUUCCAGGACGCGGUGGGCCAGUGCUUCCCGAUCCGCACCCACCACCACCACCACCACCACCACCACCACCACCAGGCUGGGGCCGCGCGCCCGUUCUCCGUCCUGCUCUGGUCCAAACGCAAGAUCCACGUCUCGGAGCUGAUGCAGGACAAGUGCCCGUUCUCCUCCAAGUCCGAGCUGGCCCACUGCUGGCACCUGAUCAAGAAGCACGCCUCGCAGCCGGGCGGCUCCAUCGGUAUCGCGGCCGACCACAAAGGGAGCGCUUUCCCCUCUUCCUCUUUCUCUUCCCCUCCGCCCUUGAUUUCCUGGGAGGAGAUUGGCUCCAGUGGCUCUCAGGGCGGCAGCCUGGAUGACUGGGACCCCUCCCGCCCGCGCGACAGGGCGGAGGGCUGCUCCCACACGGACUACAUCCUGGUGCCCGACCUGCUCCAGAUCAACAACAGCCCCUGCUACUGGGGGGUCCUGGACCGCUUCGAGGCCGAGGAGCUGCUGGAGGGCCAGCCGGAGGGCACCUUCCUGCUCCGCGACUCCGCCCAGGACGAGUUCCUGUUCUCCGUCAGCUUCCGGCGCUACAGCCGCUCGCUGCACGCGCGCAUCGAGCAGAACGGGAAGCGCUUCAGCUUCGACGGGCGCGACCCCUGCGUGUACCGCGACCCCAGCGUGACCGGCCUGCUCAAGCACUACAGCGACCCUGCCACGUGCCUCUUCUUCGAGCCCCUGCUGUCCCGCCCGCUGCCCCGAAACUUCCCCUUCUCCCUGCAGCACCUCUGCAGGGCCGUCGUCUGCAGCUGCACCACCUACCAGGGCAUCGAGGCCCUGCCCCUGCCCGACUCGCUCAGGGACUACCUCAGGCAGUACCACUACAAAUGCAAUGGAGCCUGCGCUGUGUAACAUACACAGCCCUGACACUGAAGCAUAGUCUCUCUUUAUGCAUCCCACAGGUGCCUGCCAUAUAGGGGUUGUCUGAAACAUGCUCAAAGACUGAACAAUUUGACUUUUUUAAUAAAUCCCUGUUGGGGUCAGAUACGGCUAUUUUACAUCUAUGGAACCUUGCCUUGGACAAAAAGCACAGAGUGAAAUAUCUAGGUUUAGUAUGGAUAGUUAAUUGGUCAGGGGACAUGUUAAAUCUAUGAUUGAAGCCUCUACUCAUCAAGUUCACAUGGUGAGUUCUGCAGCUCAGUAGGUAGCACCUGUUAUGGGCACAUAUCUAACAAAUACUAUAAUUGCAUUGGCUUUGGAAGUCUGUUUGGAGUUCUGGAUCGUCUUGGGUAGAAGAAUAAAAUAUUACCCAUGAGCCUCCUGCUGUUGUGGAUGAUAAUGGUUGAUAAAUGGGGGAAAGAAACAAGUGGAAGUGGAAUUUCAGAGAACUACAGAAGGUUUUUCAACAAACACAAGUCAAUAUGUAUGGACAGACCUGUAUGUUUUUUUUCUUCAGGUUCAGUGGACAUUUCCCUCUCUUCUGUACAGCACUACAAUGGAGACACUAAACUCAACACAGAAAUGUAGAUUGCUGAUGUUAUUUCACUUGAAUCCACCAGGUGGCGAUUUAUAUACAUGGUAAAAAUACUGCUUGGGUCAGUUUCUUUUAGACUUACAAGCUGCCAGUUAGACUGGCUAUCACUUUUUUGUGAUGAAGAUGGUGUUGAAGUGAUUAAAAAAAUAUUUGAUUUAGCAUAAAAUGUAUUUUAAUGCUAAAAACAUUUCACAUUCAUGUAUAUGUGAGGUCUUACAGGAUUUCUUGAUUUAAGUAGAGGAUAUCGCAUUUAUCCAGCUGCUGCCGUUAUCCAGUCUUAUUGUUUUUUAUCAUAGCUGAUAGAACACAUUUGUCAUAAAACUGAAAACCUUGUGGCAGUAGGAAGGUUGGAUUCAUCACCAGGCAUUGUGCAGACUGAUACAUAUACUGGUAUAUAGUAUUUAAACUGAUGAACCAUAAAUUGAUAAUAUUAAUGAAUUGACAGAAACAAGUGCUAGUAUUUGGUGCCAUGAGGACAUUCUCAUUUCCAUCCUUGUGCUUAUUGUGCUAAUUGAAAUUACAUGUAUGUCUUUUAGUUUCCUCUUCACAUGUUGCUGCUUCAUGUAAAUCAUACAUACACCCUCAACACUUGCUUUGUGAAUCGCGCACCUUAUGAAUUGCACCCUAUUGUGUGUUUUGUGAAUUGCACACAGAAGCAUCACUGAUUCAUUGCAGCUGACAUGCCCGUAAAAUGCAGAGUGACUUAAUGGCAAAGAGCUUGUUCCCAAAUUAAUUUAGGCGCAGGUCAGUGCUUUUGCUAUCGUGUUAGCACCUUUCUGUCAGUGACUGUGUCACUGCUUUUUAAAUGCUGCUGGAAGGCAAGUUAAUGGUGUGGAAGAGUCUUUGCUGUAAACAGUUGUGAUUGGACGGUUGUGAUUUGAAAAAAAAAGAAAAAGUAUGGUACUGGAGAAUGGAAAGGAGAGAUGAAAAUGACAUAUAGUAUAUACAUUUCAGUUCUUACUGCUUUUCUAUCAAUAUUUGGUUACCAGUUUUAUUUUGUAAAUUUUUUGUCUGUAUGAUUUACAGUUUUAAACAAACUGUUGUGUCUUCUGGAAUAAUAAAUUCUUUAUUUGGUCCAAGA